AUGUACGCCUCCAUCAUCAAGACCGCCAUCGUCGCCGUCGCCCUCGCCGGCAGCAGCGUCAGCGCGCGCCCGCAGGCCGAAUACCCCAACAAGUGCGGCGACAUGGUCUGCCCCACGGACAAGCCCCUCUGCUGCGGUGUCUACUUCGACGGGAACCUUGAGCUGGAGUGCGUGGCUGGCCAGACGUGCCCCCCGAUCCAGUACCCCUCCACCACCACCACGGCCGCCCCGCCUCCGGCGACCCCUACCUUUGGGCCCAAGUGCGGCGAUUCGUUCUUCUGCAAGCCCGGCCAGGUGUGCUGCACCCUCUACACCUGCGCGGAUACUCCCGACCAGUGCCCCAAGUAA